UCCUUCACCACAGUCAUCUCCAAUGCCACCGCCACAAGCACCAAGCCCUAUGGGUCGCCCUCAACAGGCACCAUCACCAUCUAAUCCUCAAGGUAGUCCAAUGGGUCCACCACAGCAUCAUCCCCAUAGUCCAACUCAGGCUUAUCAACCUGGUCCACCAAUGCCACCGGGUGGCCCACCUAUGUCUCAAUCGUCUCAACAACCUCCACCUCAACAACAAAAUUAUUCAUCUCAUCCACAACAAAUGCAGACUACUAUGGGUCCACAGGGCCAAGGUGGAUCCGGCGGGCCAGUUGGCCAAAACUCUAGCUCACAGCAAGGACCCGGAGGACCCAUGGUACCAGGACAAAUGGGUCCGAACGGACCACAAGGAACAUCCCACAUGAUGCAGCCUGGUCCAAAUCAAAUGAAUUCGAAUGGACCAGGGCAAAUGAAUACUGGACCUAAUCAAAUGGGAUCAGGUGGUCCAGGACCUAUUGGGCCUGGUCAUAUGGGACAAGGAGGUGGAGGGCCACCAGGAGGACCUCACAUGGGUCAGAGUCCUAGCCAGAUGGGACCAGGAAGUGGAUCCGUACCAGGUCCACAGAUGAGUUCCGGAGGACCACCGAAUUCUCAAAUGAUGCCUGGAGGUCCGGGGCACAUGAGUGGUCCGCCAGGGCCAGGUCAUAUGAACACAGGCGGACAACAAGGUCACAUGAGUACGGGUGGCCCACCUGGACCGGGACACAUGAGUUCUAAUGGCCCACCAGGCUCGGGACAUGUUAAUGCGAGUGGUCCACCAGGAUCAGGACAUAUGAAUACUUCGGGACCUCCAGGUUCAACUCAUAUGAAUGCCAGCGGUCCGCCUGGAAGUCAUCUAAAUAGUGGGCCACCUAUGCCGAGUCAUAUGAAUGCGGGUGGCCCACCAACAUCAGGACAUAUGAGCACCAGUGGGCCAGGAAGUCAUUUAGGCCCCGGAGGACCAGGUCAAAUGCCACCGGGUGGUCCUGGUGCGCACGGUAUGGGGCCAGGAGGACCACCAAAUCAAAUAGGGCCUGGUGGCCCAAGUCAGAUGGUUCCAGGUAAUCAAGGUCCCAUGGUGCCCAGUCCUAUAGGACCAGGAGGACCCGGGCAGAUGGGACAUAAUGGACCUUCGCAAAUGGGUCCGGGUGGACCUGGGCAAAUGAACAUGGGGACACCUUCAUCACAAAUGGGAAUGACAGGACCUACAGGACCGGGAAAUCAAAUGGGACCGGGAGGACCAGGUAGUCAAAUGGGUCCAGGAGGGCCAGGAAAUCAAAUGGGUCCAGGAGGUCCAGGAAACCAAAUGGGUCCAGGAGGACCAGGGAGUCAAAUGGGUCCAGGAGGACCAGGGAGUCAAAUGGGUCCAGGAGGACCAGGGAGUCAAAUGGGUCCAGGAGGACCAGGAAGUCAAAUGAGUGCUGGAAACGGACCGAACGGGUUAGGACAAAUGGGGCCAGGAACUGGUCCUGGGGGACAAAUACCACCAGGUAAUGGACCUGGAGGUCCCAUGGGUCCUGGAAGUGGUCCUGGCACACAAAUGGGAUCGAAUAGCGGACCAGGAGGUCAAAUGGGCCCAGGUAGCGGUCCCGGAAAUAAUGGUGGAAAUCAAAUGGGAACAGGAAAUCCUCCUGGAACUCCGCUAACACCAGGAAGCGGUCCUAGCGGGCCAAUGGGUCCAGGAAAUGGUCCAAGUGGGCAAAUGGGACUAGGAACUGGGCCUGGUGGUCAAAUGGGACCAGGAAAUUUGCCUGGAGGUCAAUUGGGCCCCGGAAAUGGUCCGAGUACUCAAAUGGGUCCCGGAAGUGGUCCAGGUUCACAAAUGGGUCCAAGUGGGCAAAUGGGUCCUAAUGGUCCUGCAGGGCAAAUGGUUCAAAGUGGUCCAGGGGGGCAAAUACCAUCUACUGGCCCUCCAAAUCAAAUGGGACCGGGCGGUCCAGGCAGUCAGUUAGGUCACGGUGGUACAAAUAACCAGAUGGGGCCAAAUGGUCCAAGUGGGCAACCACCUCCUGGUCAAAUGGGUCCUGGUCCACAAAGUCAACAAAUCGGCCCUGGUGCUCCGGUAAAUCAAAUGAGUCAGGCUGGACCUGGUCAGAUUGGUCCUUCCGGACCUGGUGGACCCCCUGGCGGACCGCCCGGUGGACCACCUACUGGACCGCCUGGUGCUGGACAAGAGAACUUAAAUGCUCUGCAGAAAGCUAUUGACUCCAUGGAAGAGAAAGGACUUCAAGAAGAUCCGCGUUACUCUCAGUUGCUUGCUUUAAGGGCUCGACAAGGCAGCAUAGGAGACAAACAAACUUUCAGUCCACAACAAUUACAGCAAUUACGUGUACAAAUAAUGGCAUAUCGGUUGUUGGCAAGGAAUCAGCCAUUAUCGCAACAACUUGCACUUGCUGUUCAAGGUGGAGCUCCUCCUCCAGGUAUGGUUCAACGGCCUCCUAUAGAUCCAUCUCAAGGAUCCACUACAACUACAGGUCCACAAAUCUCUGGACCUAACGUAAUCGGUCCUGGUGGCCCUCCAAGGCCAGGUUGCCAAACGCCGCAGCAACAGCAGCCUCCUCAGCCAGGUGCCAAGACUAACAGAGUAACGAGUGUAGCUAAACCAGCUGGUUUAGAUCCGUUACUGAUUCUACAAGAACGUGAAAACAGAGUGGCAGCGCGUAUAGCAUUACGGAUGGAACAACUGAAUAACAUGCCAACCAAUAUGCCAGAAGAUCUUCGUAUCCAGGCACAAAUUGAGCUACGAAUGCUUAGAGUACUGAAUUUCCAAAGACAGUUACGGUCAGAGAUUCUAGCAUGCACUCGAAAGGACACCACUUUAGAAACUGCAGUGAAUGUAAAAGCUUAUAAACGUACGAAAAGACAAAGUCUUCGAGAAGCUAGAGCUACUGAAAAACUCGAAAAGCAACAAAAAUUGGAAGCUGAACGUAAACGUAGACAAAAACAUCAAGAGUUUCUCAAUUCUGUGCUACAACAUGGCAAAGAUUUUAAAGAAUUUCAUCGGAAUAAUGUGGCCAAAUUGGCUAGGCUCAAUAAAGCCGUCCUCAAUUAUCAUGCUAACGCUGAAAGAGAACAAAAGAAAGAACAAGAGCGUAUUGAAAAAGAACGUAUGAGACGUCUCAUGGCGGAAGAUGAGGAAGGUUACAGAAAAUUGAUUGAUCAAAAGAAAGACAAACGCUUAGCGUUUUUACUAUCUCAAACCGACGAAUAUAUUAGUAAUCUUACUGAGAUGGUGAAGCAGCAUAAGAUAGAACAAAAGAGGAAACAAGUUGAAGAACAGAAGCGUAAGAAGCAAAAGAAAAAGAAAAUGCAAGAAGCUGCCGAAGGAGGCGAAGAUGGAAAUGCCAACGAGGAUACUCGUGUAGGAGUCAUUGAAACAGCUACUGGACGCACAUUAACCGGUGAUGAAGCUCCACUCUUGAGCCAACUUUCAGCAUUCUUAGAAUCUCAUCCAGGGUGGGAACCAAUCGAAUCUGAAAGUGAAGAUGACGAAGAAAGUGAGGAUGAUAAUGAUGGUGACGAGAAAGGUGAACAUAAAGAAAAAUCUGCUGGUGAUUCUGAAGAAGACAAAGUCAAGAAGACGAUACAUAAAGCCAAAGUAGAGGAUGAUGAAUACAAAACAGAAGAACAAACAUAUUACAGCAUUGCUCACACUGUACACGAAGUGGUAACAGAGCAGGCAUCUAUCAUGGUCAAUGGAAAAUUAAAAGAAUAUCAGAUAAAGGGUUUAGAAUGGUUAGUUUCAUUAUUUAACAAUAAUUUGAAUGGUAUACUUGCGGACGAAAUGGGUCUUGGUAAAACCAUUCAAACAAUAGCUUUGGUGACUUAUCUGAUGGAGAAGAAGAAAGUCAAUGGGCCUUUCCUUAUUAUUGUACCAUUGUCGACUUUGUCAAACUGGGUUUUGGAAUUUGAGAAAUGGGCACCUAGUGUUGUAGUGGUGUCCUAUAAAGGUUCACCAGCCGGUAGAAGAGCGAUUCAGUCUCAAAUGAGAGCCACUAAAUUUAAUGUUUUACUCACUACGUAUGAGUACGUUAUUAAGGACAAAGGCGUUUUAGCUAAAUUACAGUGGAAGUACAUGAUUAUUGAUGAAGGACACAGGAUGAAGAAUCAUCACUGUAAACUGACUCAAGUACUAAAUACGCAUUACCUAGCUCCUCAUAGAUUAUUAUUGACAGGAACACCAUUGCAAAAUAAAUUGCCCGAACUAUGGGCACUAUUAAAUUUCUUGCUUCCUUCAAUCUUCAAAUCUUGUAGCACUUUCGAACAGUGGUUUAAUGCACCAUUCGCAACCACUGGUGAGAAAGUUGAGCUAAACGAGGAAGAAACUAUUCUUAUUAUUCGUCGCUUACAUAAAGUACUACGACCCUUCUUGUUGAGACGUUUGAAAAAAGAGGUUGAGUCCCAGUUGCCUGAUAAAGUUGAAUAUAUUAUUAAAUGCGAUAUGUCUGGACUGCAAAAAGUUCUUUAUAAGCAUAUGCAGAGUAAAGGCGUAUUAUUAACAGAUGGUUCAGAAAAAGGAAAACAGGGCAAAGGAGGUGCAAAAGCAUUAAUGAACACUAUUGUGCAAUUAAGAAAAUUAUGUAAUCAUCCAUUCAUGUUUCAAGCUAUUGAAGAGAAAUAUUCCGAGCACGUAGGUACACAAGGAUCUGGUGUUAUUACGGGGCCCGAUUUGUAUCGCGCUUCUGGCAAGUUUGAACUUUUAGACCGUAUUCUUCCAAAAUUGAAAGCAACUAAUCACAGAGUAUUAUUAUUCUGUCAAAUGACACAGUUAAUGACCAUUAUGGAAGAUUAUUUAAGUUGGAGAGGAUUUAUGUAUUUACGAUUAGAUGGUACGACGAAAGCUGAAGACAGAGGAGACUUGUUGAAAAAGUUCAACGACCCGGGUUCCGAAUAUUUCUUAUUUUUAUUGUCGACACGUGCUGGUGGUCUCGGAUUAAAUUUACAAGCUGCAGACACUGUUAUCAUCUUCGAUUCCGAUUGGAAUCCGCAUCAGGACUUACAAGCACAGGAUAGAGCACACAGAAUUGGUCAGAAGAAUGAAGUGCGCGUGCUGAGAUUGAUGACGGUUAAUUCAGUCGAAGAGAGAAUAUUGGCCGCGGCUAGGUACAAAUUAAAUAUGGAUGAAAAAGUCAUACAGGCAGGAAUGUUUGAUCAGAAAUCCACUGGCUCUGAACGGCAACAGUUUUUGCAAAGCAUUUUACAUCAGGACGAUGCUGAUGAUGAAGAAGAGAAUGAAGUACCAGAUGAUGAAACAGUCAACCAAAUGAUCGCACGAACUGAGGGUGAAUUUGAGAUAUUCCAAAAGUUAGACUUGGAGCGAAGAAGAGAAGAAGCUAAGUUAGGUCCAAAUAGAAAAUCAAGAUUAUUAGAAGAAGCUGAGUUGCCUGAUUGGUUGGUGAAAGACGAUGACGAGGUUGAACGAUGGACGUACGAAGAAGACGAAGACAGAUUUCUUGGACGGGGCUCGAGGCAGCGAAAAGAAGUUGAUUAUACUGAUAGUUUAACUGAGAAAGAAUGGCUAAAAGCAAUCGACGAUGAUGGUGCUGAGUACGAAGAGGAAGAGGAAGACGAUAAAAAGAAAAAGAAAACACGAAAACGAAAGAAAAAGGGCGAGGAAGAUGAUGAACCUAUGCCAAAGAAACGAAGAGGCGCGGGAUCAUCCAUCGACCCGAAAAUGAAACGAGCCAUGAAGAAAUUGCUUAUGGUAGUCGUUAAUUAUACCGACAGCACGGAUGGCAGACUUCUUAGUGAACCAUUCAUGAAAUUACCAUCUAGGAGGGAAUUGCCGGAUUAUUAUGAAAUUAUUAAAAAACCAUUAACAAUCAAUAAGUUACUUCAAAAGGUUGAAGAAGGAAAGUACGCCGAUUUUGAUGAUCUCGAAAAAGACUUUAUGCAACUUUGUAAAAACGCGCAAAUUUAUAAUGAAGAAGCUUCUCUAAUACAUGAAGAUUCCAUAGUAUUGCAAUCUGUUUUCACAAAUGCCCGUCAACGCAUCGAAGAGGAAGGCAAUAAUUCUGAUUUGGAUGAUAAAGGCGAUGGUGAAGAUGGAUCAGAUGCAGACUCUAGCGUGAGAAUGAAAAUUAAGUUAAAAGGAAGAAAAGGCGAAGGCAGGGGAGGUCGUAGAAAAAGGGUCACUAAGAAGUAUAUAUCAGAUGACGACGAUGAUGCCGAUGACAACUGAGAAGAGUACGUGAAUUUUUACAAUACUUGACUAAAAGUUAUAACUUGAUUAUAAUACUACACUACUAUUAACACGUUAAGCGCGGCGUCGGUCUCUGGGGACCGACAGUGAACUUUCCGUUCAGGCGGCGUCGGUCCUUUGGGACUGACAGUGAACUUCUCGUUCAGGUGUUCACACGUCCCAGGAAUUGGUAGUAUCGAAGUUAAGAAAUAAGAAAUAAGUGUAGUACAUUAUUUGUCAGCUAACCGAAACCCGCGCCACCUGAACCGAAAAUUCAGUAAAACUGGCUCCGCGCUUAACGUGUUAAUUACUCAAGUUGUAAAUUUUAGGAACCAUCGCUGCUGAUAAUUGCAUCAUUGUGUCUAUGUUGAAUUGAACUCUGUAGAUUUGAUAUAAAAAUGGCACGAAUUCGGAUAGUUCAUAAGUAAUUUUUUAUUUGAUAUAAAUGUAUGUUCAACUUGUACAAUGU